UGCGAGCAGCCGGAAUCAUGUGCAACUUCUCGGAAGAUCAGACCGCUGAGUUCAAGGAGGCUUUCCAGCACUUUGACAGAACUGGAGAUGGCAAGAUCCUGUACAGCCAGUGUGGCGAUGCCAUGAGAGCCCUGGGUCAGAAUCCUACCAAUGCAGAAGUCAUGAAAGUUCUGGGGAACCCCAAGAGCGAUGAAAUGAAUGCAAAGACACUGAGCUUUGGGCAGUUCCUGCCCAUGAUGCAGACCAUUGCCAAGAACAAGGAUCAAGGCUGCUUCGAGGAUUAUAUGGAGGGGCUGAGGGUCUUCGACAAGGAGGGCAACGGGACAGUCAUGGGAGCAGAGAUACGCCAUGUGCUUGUCACCCUAGGGGAGAAGAUGACCGAGGAAGAAGUAGAGAUGCUUGUGGCCAGCCAUGAAGACAGCAAUGGCUGCAUUAACUAUGAAGAGUUGGUGCGGAUGUUUCUGAGCAGCUGAAGAUCACCUCUAGCUUCUCCCGAGAACCUCUUCCAGUUUAUCCUUAAAAUGUUUGUGCCUUUU